UCUUCUAUAGAGAACUAAAAAGCUCAACUCAACUCAACAAUGGAGUCUCUCAACUCCUCCUUCCUAUACAACACUCUCUUCAUACCAUCUUCCUCCACUACCCGCUUCCACUCAUCCAAACCCACAACCCCAAUCCGCUCCUCCGUCACGCCGGACCCCUGGACACUCAGCGACGGCGACCCCACCAGGCCCAAGCCCAAGUCCAAGAACCCCAAGAACCCUCUUUCCGAUGACAACGCUCGACGUAUCAUAAAGGCCAAGGCCAGGUACCUCAGUGCUCUAAGGAAGAACCAGGGCCCGCAAGCCCAGACUCCCAAGUGGAUUAAGAGGACCCCUGAGCAGAUGGUGCAGUACUUACAAGAUGACAGGAAUGGCGGCCUCUAUGGGAAGCACGUCGUGGCGGCCAUUAAGCGGGUCAGGUCGCUGUCCCAGAAGGUGGAGGGUGAGUAUGACAUGAGAAAGGUGAUGGGUUCCUUUGUUGGGCAGCUGAGCUUUAGAGAGAUGUGUGUGGUGUUGAAGGAGCAAAAGGGGUGGAAGCAAGUCAGGGACUUCUUCGACUGGAUGAAAUUGCAGUUAAGCUAUCGGCCCAGUGUUAUUGUCUACACCAUUGUUUUGCGCAUAUAUGGACAAGUUGGUAAGAUAAAGAUGGCUGAAGACACGUUCUUGGAGAUGCUUGAAUCUGGAUGUGAGCCAGAUGAAGUUGCUUGUGGUACCAUGUUGUGUACAUAUGCCAGAUGGGGUCGUCACAAGGCUAUGCUUUCAUUUUAUUCUGCUAUACGAGAAAGGGGAAUAGUAAUGUCUGUUGCUGUUUACAAUUUCAUGUUGUCCUCAUUGCAGAAGAAGUCACUCCAUAGAAAUGUCAUAGAAGUGUGGAGGCAGAUGAUGGAACAAGGAGUGGUGCCUAAUGGUUUUACUCAUACUGUAGUUAUUGGCUCACUUGUUAAAGAAGGUUGUUAUGAGGAAGCUCUUGAGAAUUAUCAUGAGAUGAGGAGUGUUGGGCUUGUUCCUGAAGAGGUUUCGUAUAGCCAGCUAAUAAGUUUGUGCACCAAACGUGGUAAGUGGGAUGAAGCCCUAAGACUAUACGAGGACAUGAAGGCUCAGAGAUUAGUACCGAGUCGCUACACCUGUGCUUCUCUUUUAACACUGUAUUACAAGAAUGAAGAUUAUUCUAAAGCCCUGUCUCUCUUCUCAGAGAUGGAACGAAAUAAAAUUGCAGCAGAUGAAGUUAUCUAUGGUUUACUCAUUAGGAUAUAUGGGAAACUUCGUCUAUACGAAGAUGCUCGUAGGGCUUUUGAAGAGACUGAACAGCUCGGUCUACUUAGUGAUGAGAAAACGUAUUUAGCAAUGGCGCAAGUUCAUCUCGGUUCAGGGGAUUCUGGAAAAGCCUUGGAAGUUAUUGAACUAAUGAAGUCUAGAAACAUUUGGUUAUCAAGAUUUGCUUAUAUUGUUUUGUUGCAGUGCUAUGUUAUGAAGAAAGAUUUAAGUUCUGCCGAAGCAGCAUUUCAGGCUCUUUCCAAGACUGGACACCCUGAUGCUGGUUCUUGCAAUGAUAUGCUCAAUUUGUAUAUGGGACUAAAUUUGAUGGAAAAGGCAAAGAAUUUUAUUGCCCAUAUGAGGAAAGUUAAAGUACACUUUGAUGAGCAGCUUUGCAAGACGGUUAUGAGAAUAUAUUGCAAGGAGGGAAUGCUUACCGAUGUUAAACAGUUGGUAGAAGAGAUGGGUAUGAGCGAGCCAUUGAAGAGUAAUAAAUUUAUUCAAACAGUUAGCUCUGUGUGUAAACAUAAGGGAGAUGAUCAAUUUGACGGCAAAUUAUUGGCCUUCGACCAACCUGACACAGUAGCUCUAGGUCUUGUGCUUGAUAUGUAUAUGGCAGAUGGGAAUGCCAGGGAGACAAAAAAGGUUUUGGCAGGGUUGCUUGAGAGUCCUGAUGGUGUAUCAGUUGCUAGUCAGCUUGUCAGUAACUUCAUUAGAGAAGGUGAUGCAUUUAAAGCUAGAACCCUCGUUUAUCAAUUUCGCGAGCUAGGCUGCAGACUGGAUGAUGCCACAGUCUGUUCUCUGAUUAGUUUGUAUGCAAAGCUACACAAAUUGAAACAGGCCGAAGAAGUCUUUCACGCAUUUGCUGAUUCGCCUGCAACGAAAAAGUCCUUAUGUAAAUCUAUGCUUGAUGCGUAUGUCAAAUGUGGUAAAGCAGAGAAGGCAUUCUCACUCUACAAACAAGUUAUUGCCGAGACAGGGAAUUGUGUGGAUGCGGUUUCUAUCAGCAUUCUCGUGAAUUCUUUGUCGAGCAGUGGCAAUCAUCAAGAAGCUGAGAUUGUCAUCCGCCAAAGUCUUGAAGGACACCAGGAGCUUGAUACCGUGGCAUUCAAUACCUUCAUCAAGGCAAUGUUGGAUGCAGGUAGAUUGCAUUUCGCAUCCUGUAUUCACGAGCACAUGCUUUCGAGUGGGGUCGCUCCAUCAAUUCAGACAUUUAACACAAUGAUCAGUGUGUAUGGUCGAGGACGAAAGCUGGAAAGAGCUACAGAAAUGUUCAAUACCGCUCGAAGCUUGGGUCUUUCUUUGGAUGAGAAGGCGUAUAUGAAUAUGAUUAGCUGUUAUGGGAAAGCUGGUAAAAGGCGUGAAGCAUCCUUACUCUUCAGGGAAAUGCUAAAAAAAGGAAUAAAACCUGGACUGAUCAGCUACAAUAUUAUGAUGAAUGUAUUUGCUACGGGAGGACUUCAUCAAGAAGCGGAGGAACUUUUCAAAGCCAUGGAACGAGAUGGUUGCUCGCCUGACUCCUUCACAUACUUGUCGCUAGUUAGAGCUUACACAGAGUCCUUGAAGUACUCUGUUGCUGAGGAAACCAUCGAUUCUAUGCAGAAAAGCGGUAUUGUUGCUUCCUGUUCACAUUUUAACCUCUUACUCUCCGCCUUUGCAAAAGCUGGUCUCAUGGUGGAAGCAGAAAGAAUCUAUAGAAAACUGCUUGGAGUUGGUUUAAACCCUGAUUUAUCAUGCUAUCGGAGCAUGGUUAGAGGUUAUAUGGACUAUGGACACGUGACAGAAGGCAUCAAAUUUUUUGAACAUAUAAGCAGAACUGAGGAUUCAGCAGACAGGUUCAUUUUGAGUGCAGCUGUGCAUUUUUACAGGUCGGCUGGAAAUGAACUAAAAGCUGCAAGUGUUUUGGAUUCGAUGAGGAAUUCGAGAGUUGCAUUUCUGGAAAAUCUGGAAGUUGGUUCAAAGUUAAAAUCUCCUUGAUUAUGUCAGAAUGAACUCAUGGAGGUAAAUAGUGAUAUAGCUGACAAUGGGAGCCUCCUUUAUAGCCAAUUAUUGAUAUAAUCAUAGUUGUAGAAAAGCAAUAACACACCAUCGAUUCAUUGCUGUCUGUCCUUUGAUUGAGUGAGAAGAAAGAAGCUCCAGCAGAAAAUGUCAACAUUAUCAUUAUUGGUUGUACAACAGCGCCAAUUCGAUCGACUGUGGUUGUAUGAAGGCUUGAGAAAAUGAUUGCUUGGGUUGGAAAAUGAUGAUGGUCUGUGCAGUUCAUAGAUAUAUGAAUGUUAAUGUAAGGUGAUUAUUUUCAAAGGUUAUGAAGGCUGCAAGAUUGAUGUACAUUCUUGUAUCUUUGUUCAAAAGGCAAAAAUAGAAAAAAGAAAAAAACAUCAAAGCUUAAAUAGUAAAUACUUCCUUUGGUCCAUUCAAGCCUGCUUGUGUUAUUCUUUAUAUACUUUGCAUUUGAUUAUUUUGUCGAAGUUUCUUUGUGAAAUGUUUUAAUGAGCUGUUUGGUGGUGCUUUGAUUUG